AUGCCCAAGUUCAGAUUCUCCUUCCAGCCCCUUGGUGGCUUCUUCUCGGCGAAGGUGCCCAAGUUCAACGUGCAACUUGAACGGGACAUUCGCAGCAAGCUCGACCUGUUGCCCUCGGUGACGAGAAUCUACACCCACCCCGACGGCAUGCCUCGUGUGCCCACCGACGAGGAGUUCAAGACCAUCGCCGAAUUGCAAAACAUGUACUACCAAAGAAACCACUCCGAAUGGAACUUCAUCCUCCCCGGGAUCCCCAAGGACCAGUUGCAGUUGUUCAAGGACAACUCGCAAGACCUCGCCAACUUCCAAUUUGUCUCGCAAGAUGCCGGUAAAAUCGUCGACAAGAUCCCUUACAAGGACGACCAGACUGGGGAAUUGAAGUGGAAGGUGGUUAGAGAAACCCCCAAGGCCGAAGGCUGGGAAUUUCCUUACUUCUACCUCGUGUUGCCCGUGUUUGCCUAUGUGUUGUACUCGAAGUACACCGCACAAAUGCAACGCAGACAGACGGACGGUCCCGAGUGGGCGGAGAAGGAAUUGCGUUUGCGUGCCAUGGAAGACUACUUCCACGGCGACACUGAAAAGGCCAAGGAGUUCUUGUCGAACGAAGGCAAGUCCCAACGCGAGAUCCAAGACAGAGACGACCUUGUCAUUGCCAGAAUCCUUGCCGGUGAUUACGACAAGUUGGGUCAAUUGAAGAAGAAGGAAAACUUAGCAUAA